AUUCAACCAAACAUGUUCUGAUUUGGUGCCCGUGUUUCACAUAGUAAUAUUACCAGGAGACAUUAGCGCUACUUCUCUGUUGCAGUUAUUUUGGUGGCGGUACUGGUAUUUCCAGUGUCAUUUACAUCUCCCCAUCAUGAACACCCCUGUACUAGCCGAAUCCGUAAUGUUGUUUACUGGACAACGCAGGUCAUUUGUCCCCUCCAUCCCCUCUCUCUCUCAGAAGGAAGACAUUUGCUGGAAGCUGUAACAUGAGAGAAGAUACUUCAAAGAACACAGAGCUGGUAGUGUUAACGACCCAGGAGCUGCUGUACCUUCGCUGUCCUGACUGGCCCAAGGGAGCUGAGGAAUCAGCCUUUUUCGAGUGACCUUUCCAUCACCGAGACACUAGCCGCCCCUUCCUUCCCGCAACCCCCCUUCCCUUAUCUCAGCCCUCCGCCCCUAACAUAGUCUAACCGGCUACUUCUCUGACCUCAAGAACCUUUCUUCUGCUGUGACGAGGUCUGCAGUGGGGAGAAAGAGGAAACCAUUAUCUACGGCCAAUAACAUUAAAACGAAAAAAAAAACAAAAAAACCCCCACAAAAAUCAAGAGGAUUAAGCGAAGCAGAGGGGAUAUCCCGUUAUGUCUGAGCUACUGGAGCCCUAACCAAAUCGAGCAACCAGCAGACAGCAAGUGCACUUGCUUCUUUUCUGAUUCACAGUCUCGUGUUUUGCUGCCCCUGUGCAUUGACAGAAUAAAACGUUGCGUUGGGAGCCGUUAUUUAUUGAGAGAGGGAGAGGGAGAGGGAGAGGGAGGAAAAAUUGCGUUUGUGUGUUUCCCGUUUUGUCUCUACUGCUGUGCUUUCCCAGAGAGCUGCUUGUGUGGAAGACCGGAUUCCGGAGGCUUAUUGGGGAUAUAACCUACCUGUCUACCUAUCUGAUACCUAUUGCUGGAAUUCUCUUCACCGCACUGUUGGGACGAGAGAGAGAGAGAGAGGUAUAAUCACAGGCACAUCAGAGGAACACAGAGAUAGAGAGAAACUGCUGCUGCUUCUUAUUUGGAAGAGUGCUGAUGCAUCUCAGAGCAUCUAAUAAUUUGUGCAGCAGCGACAGCAACAGCGGUUCUAUCGCUGCAAAGUGGAUUAUACUAGAGUUCCAGUAACCUACUCUGAGUCGGAACCGGCAUCUGGUACUGCCCUGGCCCGGAUUUUACCUGAACUAGACCUGGAGAUAGAUUUGAUAACAAGUUGUUUAGUUGGGGAGCCGAGGAUUACAAGAGAUAUGCGGUCCCUCCUGUCAGCACUCACUUGCCUAUGUGUCCAGGGCAUGGUGGUGCUGUGCAGUCCACUCCAGAUAGGAGAUACUCCACCUCCUUUCACUGUCAUCUUAUCUCCAACCCAAUCCAGAGGCUCCCAUGCUGGGGGAAAUCCUCCAGUUACACAGAAGCAGAGAGAUCUGGAGCAGGAUCUAAACUCUAAACUGCCCAUACAGCAGGUCCUGGCAGACGAGAACGUGGAUUUCCGGAUUCACGUGGAGAAUCAGACGCGGGCACGGGACAAUAUGAGCCGGAAACAGCUGCGAGUCUACCAGCUGUACAGCCGCACCAGCGGGAAGCACGUGCAGGUGCUGGACCGCCGGAUCAGCGCACGAGGAGAGGAUGGAGACAAAUAUGCCCAGCUCGUUGUGGAAACAGACACGUUUGGGAGUCAGGUGCGAAUCAAAGGCAAAGCUACGGACUAUUACCUCUGCAUGAACCGGAGAGGCAAGCUAGUGGGCAAGGUGAACGACAAGAGCAAAGAGUGUGUAUUUGUGGAGAAGGUGUUGGAGAAUAACUACACAGCCCUGAUGUCAGCCAAAUACUCAGGCUGGUAUGUUGGCUUCACCAAGAAGGGGCGCCCACGCAAAGGCCCGCGAACCCAGGAGAACCAGCAGGACGUGCACUUCAUGAAGCGCUACCCCAAAGGGGUACCUCCAGACCCCCAGAGGCCCUUCCGCUACACCACAGUCAGCAAGCGGACUAAACGCAUCCACCCAGCCAGCCCUAGCUAGAGGGACCGGCCACAGAGCAAUAUUUUUUACAGCAGAUCAGCAACAAGAGAAAUACAUAUAAGAAAUGGAGAAGACAUGUUCUAUUUUUGUACUUUGUGGCUGCAGUACUGAGGAGAGCAAGCAAUAGAGAAAGAGGGUGGGGGU